UUGCAUAUCCCGAAAGUAUAUCCUGUGCUGUCGCUGGCUCACUAUUACGUUUGAUCUACUCAAAUAAAUACAUGGAUGGCUCACUCUUCAAGGCCUCCGAUGAAAAAAAAGAAAAACCCCAGGCAUCGAUUGGGGUCAGUUCUUACUAUACAGCUCUCGGAAAAUAAAAGAUACAACCAUCGAUACGUGUUAGAAGGCCUUUCGAGAUGCUCGAUUAUCUAAGAACGAUCCUAGCAAACGAUCCGCUGAUCAAGACCUACACGAAUCCAUACGAAGUAGUUCCUUGUCGCUCGGUCACGGUCUUCUCCCUCCUCUAUCUCCUGCCCGGACUACUCCAAGCCGGUCUGUUGUAUCCCCACCUGAGUGGGCUGCGAUGGGUGCGAUGGCUCCGUCUGCUCAUGACCCCCGUGAGCGUCUACAGCAGCCUCCGCUUGCCGGUCGACUAUUGCUUCACUCCCACCACCCGGCGCGGUUAUCCUAAUCUGGCUCUCGCUUGUGCUUGCUUCACCAUGGCGGCUAGGUCGAUCCAGUGGGGCUAUCUCCAUAGCUUCGUCGACGGAAAGAUCUGGAAACGCCCCGGAUUCGAGUCUCCCAAUCAUCCACAGCCUCCCUCCCCCUCUGGUUCAACCCAGCUAGCAGAAAAAAAUCAGCCAGAGGAGACUCCCCCUUCUGUCUCGUUUUCCGAUUGGCUGGCUUGGACUAUCGAACUUACCUCCUCGCCGAGAGGCAUACAAUAUGGAUGGGGAGUCAAGGCAGCGCCGAAUACGGAGAGUGCGAUGGAUGUGAUUGUACGGAUGUAUAAGCUGAACCUAGUCCAUGUGAUGGCCACCUCGUUUUCGAUCCUAUGUCGGGACGAAGGUUCGGCGACGAAUGCGUUAAGAUACAUGGGGCUCGGGGGGUUUUAUGGGGAGACGAUCGUAGCCGAGGGGCUAGCGAGUCUUGGGUUCGGCUACUAUUUGGUCAGCAUGAUCGAGCUGAUCUUCAGCUACAUGACGCUCUUCAUCCAUCUGCUCCACCUCAUCGAUCGCCGGCUCCUCCGGCUCCCCGAAUGGCUCAUCCGUUCCUGCGACCUCAGGACCUGUGUGCCCAUGUUCAACAGCCCUCAUACUUCCCCCUCGCUCGCCCAUCUUUGGGGCAAGGCUUGGCACCAGAACUUCCGCCAGUCUUUCCUCAUCUGCGGGGGUACCCCCGCCUCGAAAAUCGCGAAGGCUCUCAGACUCGGGCCCCAGUUGCAACGGCUCGCUGGGAUGUGGGCUUGCUUUUUGAUCAGUGCAAUCUUGCACGAGUAUGCCAUUCAUUUCAUAGCCAGACAGCCCCACCCGAGUCCGCACAUCCUAUUCCACGACUUCCCCGGCUCGGCGAUCUACUUCCUACUACAGCCCAUCGGGGUAAUUGUGGAGCCCUUCCUGCUCCCAUACAUCCCCGGCGGCGGGGUGGUCUGGUGUUAUCUCUUCACUCUCAUCACCACCGUCCCCUUCAGACGGCAGUACUUCAUGCCCGCUAGACUUCUCGAUCUCAGUUAUCCUGCUCUCAAUCCCCGCUGGUUUAUCUCUUCUCUUCUGAUCCCUGGAUUUACUUCUCGAGGUUAACCUACUGAACUCUUCACUUCUUUUUUUUUUGUUACUGUUGUUCCACACUCCCUAUUUCUUUUAUACUUAAAUCAAUCAAGGCAAACUAAUCGAGGUUUUUUCUUGUAUCAUACUUUGUCAAAAGAGAAACAUGAACCCUGUUUUUACUUGUCAAUCAAAUAUAUAUUUAUGUACAAUUUCGUGUCAAAAGGAAACCAUAAUUACUACAAAUCAUUGGAUGGUUAUAAUAGUGAAAAGAAGAAACAGAUCGUGAG